CUGUGGGUACAACAUCUCCAGCUGAAACUCUUGGAGCAGCGAUGGACUAUGAUGACUACUUAAGCAUUCUGUCUGAAUACAACACGACUGACUACAACUACACUCUGCCGGACCUUCCUGACAUUUUGACGCCUGAGAUUCAGCCGAUCCAGAUAGUGGCUCUGUUCUUCUACGGCCUUGUGGUCCUGCUGGGUGUCCCCGGAAACGCUCUGGUUUUGUGGGUGACGGGCUUCUGCAUGCCCCGCUCCGUCACCUCCCUCUGGUUCCUCAACCUCGCCCUUACCGAUCUCCUGUGCUGCCUCUCCCUCCCUCUGCUCAUGGUCCCUCUGGCCCACGAUGACCACUGGCACUUCGGCCCGCUGGCCUGCACGCUGGUCAAAGGCCUGUUCCACCUGGUGAUGUACUGCAGCGUCCUGCAGCUGGUCCUGAUCAGCGUGGAUCGCUGGCUGCUGGUCAGCAAACCCGUCUGGUGUCAGAACAGACGGCGAUUUAAGCUCGCUGCCUGUUCGUGUGCGGCCGUCUGGUGCCUGGCCCUGCUCGGCAGCAUCCCCCAGUUUGUCUACACCCGGGAGAUCGAGGCAGGUGAAGCGAAGAGAGAGUGCCUGACGGUGCAAACCGUUCUCAGCGCCUGGAUCCUCACCUCCUACCGCUUCUUGGUGGGAUUCUUCUUCCCUUUCGUGGUGAUCGUGGCCUGUCACCUGGUGGUGUACAGCAGGGCGCAGAGCGGACUCUCCCGCGGUCGGACCCGCUCCAAGCGCACGCUGCGGGUCAUCGUCGCGGUGGUACUGAGCUUCUUCCUGUGCUGGCUCCCGCUGCACAUCGUGGACUUCCUCAUACUGGUCACCCCUCGAAACUCCCCCCGCCACCACCAAAUUUACCUGGCGCACGUGUUAGCGCUCUGCCUGGCGUAUUUCAACAGCUGCCUCAACCCCCUGCUCUACGUGUGCCUGGGCCGGGGCUUCAAAGACAGCAUGAACCGGUCCCUGCGCAACAUGCUGCACUUCAUCAGCGAGGAUCCUACGACCAGAGUGACCAUCACCAACAGCGACACCAAGAGCACGAGCAAUGGGAAGGAGGUGACCAAGGUCUGAGGGUGAUGCACUGUCUUAUUAAAGAGCUCCAGCGCCCACACAUGUGGCUGAGGUUUACUAGAUGGUGAUUUGGUUGGGCAUGAGUGACCUCUGCUACAGUGAAGUAAGAUAUCACAACCACAGGGGUUCACCAUUAACUAUCAGUGUUUGGGAUCAAUGCUUUGACUCACUCUGGUCACAUAUAACCUCGGACUGAAAGCAAAGUUCAGUAUUUGUAUGUGUGAACACGCCAACUCUGCUGUUUUUUUUUCUGAGCGCUUUCGGGAAGGAUUUCUGCUGAAGCAUUAAGAUCGCAUUUGAAGAUGGUAUCAGGACUGACUUGGCCUUACAAAUCAGCAACUGUUGGUCAACCUGCAGCAUUCCGUGUAAGCAUUCGUGCCUCAAGCAAGAAAAUGCUUUGCACUUCUGUUUUUAGCCCCUACACAUGGAUGACCCGUGUUUCUGUUAUUAAUAGGAUAUCUCCGCAUUACUCUGUGUGAGCUGCAAUUAAAGUUUGCAGUCAGAAACUAGACACCGAGAUGAACCUGCUGUUGUUUUAUAUUGUAAAAAUGAGUAAUUAUUUCGUGUAACACAUUUGAUUAUCUCGUGUACCAGUAACUUUACAAACCACGUCCUUUUGUGCAGUACCACACACGGACCACAUGAGGGAGCUACACUCUUAAAGUCUAAUGCUGAGGGGCAUGUGGCUGGUGAGCUCCUCCUCUGAGAGACCUUUUGUUUUUCUGUGAUGGAGCCUUAAGGCAAUAGGUAAGAUUAAAGAAGUGAUCAAAAUUAACGCGAUCUUGAUAGGUUUGUGGGUUUGUCAAACACUUCACACAACUUGUCUACAGAAGUCCAGAGAAGAAAUGUGCAUUCAUCGUUAUUAUUUAACCAUUUGUCGAUUGCAUGCCUAAUUUAUGUUAAAUUAUGAUGUGUUACGCUGAUCUUCUUGUACCAAAACAUUAAAGAAAGAGCAAAACAAUA